UUCGGUUACAAAAUGUAAAAUUUUUAAAAUAUAAUUCAUUAAACUACAGAAAUGACGGAAAAAUUAAAGGACUAUCAAGUUCUUGACGUACUCUGCGGUGGCACAUUUUAUAAAGUAAGACACAAGGUCACAAAUAACAUAUUUGCUUGGAAGGCGUAUAAUUGCUCUGCAUUCUCCGACGAACAAAUACAAAACGUUGAUGAUGAAGUGAAAAUAUUAAGUCAAGAACUAUCUGGCAACUUCCUACGGUACUACGAUACGAUAUUACAUGGACCAACGAAAACACUUUACUUUGUUCUUGAGUACAAUUCUUGGCAGAGCGUUCAGGAAUUAAUCGCACUAUGCAAGGCCACCGAUAAGCAUUUCACUGAAAGUUUCAUCUGGUAUCUGUUGCUAGAACUGGCGCGAUCGUGUAAGAUCGUAGAAAAUUUGAAUUUUGUUGCUCUAAGAAAAAGUGUAACACCAGAGUCCGUUUUUGUUAGUCAGAAUGGCGAGCUACGCAUCAAUUGUUUCGAGUUAUCUUUGGAGACUUCGCAAUCAUCAAAUCUCAUCCAACAAGUUGGGGAGUUAUUACGUAUCUUGUGUUACCGUCCUGGUGCUUGUGACGAUAAAAUAAAAGAAUUCCAUUAUAGCGACGACCUAAGAGACGUCAUAAGUUUCAUAUCUGACGUUAAAAACUCUAACAUACGUCCAGACGUGGUCCUCUAUCAUCCUACUAUACUUGCCAACACAGACUCUUUAACAUGUCCAAAACUUUUGUCGGAUAUACUUGUCUCAGCAGAGAGUUCCAUCAUAACAUCAAGUGCAAAUAAAUGUGAUUCAGAGAAGGCAGUAGAGCAAUCUAGGAUUAUUGAACCUCCUCCCAGAACACAUCUUAAUCUUGUUGAUAGUCCAAUUUACUGCAAUGUCCGUCCAAACUGGACUUAUGAGGAAGAUGAUUGUCCUCGGGACCCCAUGUCUCCAACAAUUGCUGCUUUGGCUCUAGAAUUGCCAGGCUUUGUACCAAGAAGUAGAAAACCUUACAGUGAAGCACUUGAAAUGUAUAAUCGUCCACAAUUGGUAUCUGAAGAGACUUUAAGUCAACAGUGGAUGUCUCGUCUCAUGGCACUCAGGGAAAGAGAAGAAUCUUUGAAUAAGAGGGAGAGGAACUUAAUUGCUAAAGAAAUUAUAAAUAGUCCUAUGACAAAGGUUAUACCUCUAGAUGAUUCAAACGAAUCUAGUAACUCUAAAAGUAAUGGAAUAACUUUGCCUCCAGUGUUUAAUCCAGUGAAUGAGGAAGUGAAAAACAACUGGGUGUCUCGGAGGCAACAAAGAAGAUCCAGCUCUGUGCGAACCAAAGCCAGAAGGAAGAGCUAUGCCUAUGAAGACUUAGACAGUUCAUUAUCUGCAGAUAAUGGAGACAGCAGCAUGAUUGUCACAGCUGCAAAAAUAACCAAGGAGAACAUGCCUGUAAGGAACAUAUUUCCUGAUAUAUCCACUAAGAAAGUUCAUUUUACGGCCAGUAACCCUUUUGUUGAAAGUGAUGAAAGUGUAACUCUUACAUUUUAUGAGUUGGAGAAUGUAGACAGUGAGAGGUACCAGGUUCCAAGGAAAGAUAAAAAAGUGCUCAAGGAUAUCACAAAGUUCAAAUAUUUAGACUUGGAGAAGCUAACUUCUGAAAAAAGAGCUGCCAUGCAUCAAGCAUCAUCCUCCCCUUCGAAACAAGCUAAGUUCACAAGUAAGGUAUUCACUGAUAUAACAAACAGUACUAUUAAGAAGACUCCAUCAAAAAGUAGUCUUUCUUCCAAGGGUUCAAAUGUCUCCAAAAGUUCUUUGAGGAGUUCAAGAAGUGUGUGGAGUUCUGAGUCUCGCAAGUUGAGUGAGAGUGAUAGUAGUGAGCAAAAAAGUCAUUCCAAUAACAAAAUGACUUAUGUGCAGACUCCUACUAUUCCUCCAGAACUCAAAAAGUCCAAGAGGAAGUCUUUGCUUCCAUUCAAGACCCCUUUUAAAUUUAAAACAACAACAAAGGUGUAAAACAACAACACUUAAUCAAAAAUAAACUUUUGUUAAGCGUACUUAGUUUUAUGAUCGGUUGAAUUUUAUGCACAAAAAUUAUUUUUGAAUUUGGAGUUAAGAGUAGAUUAUAAAUGCUUGUAACUAUUACAAUAAGUUCCUUUGGUUGUGGUAAUUAUUUUGUUAUUGUAGCUUGCUUCCUUCAUACUAGUUCCAUGAAAAUCGUGGAACAAACAAAUUAUGUGAUUUAUAUUGUUUUAUUUUUGUAUAUAAGAAUGAUACGGACACAAACCCACCCUUAUUUAGUAUAGAGAAUAUUCAAAUAUUGUUACAUACAAUAUAUUUGUUAUAGUAUUAUAUAUAACAUUUUUAAUAAAGAAAAACAAUGUGUGUUUUUAAUUUAAAAAUAAUAUUGUACAUAUUAAAAAAACAAAUUAUAAUGAUGCGACUUAACACUGGAAACAUUUUUAUGGAAAUCAAUCCUUAGUCUUUAGU